AUGAACCCCCUCGCGCCACGACAUCCUUUCGCGCCACGAAAUCCUUUCGCGCCACGAGAUCCUUUCGCGGGACUCCCUGACGAGGACCAAGUGGGCAAACCCUGCCCUGACUUUAAACGUCCGCGUCAACCCUCACUCUCCCCGAGAAACGUGAUCAAGUGCCUAGUCUGCGAACGAGAGGUCACCUCCGCGUACUUCGUCCAGCUCUCAUGCCGCCACGCUCACUGCGUGGAGUGCGUGUGGGAGAACGCGCACAUGGCCUACUUGUCGAAACCGUUCGCCCCCGCCAAGUGCUGCCGCGUCAUUCCGAUCGAAAUAUUCGUCGAGAUCGCGGCCUUCUCGAAGAAUGAGAUUAAGACGUACAUCAACCGCCUGGAGGAGUAUUCAACUCCCGGUCGAAAGCUGUACUGCCAUGACCAGGACUGUCUCGGGUUCAUUCCCGAGGCCAGCUGCUCGCAGCGCGUCGGAACGUGCCCGAAGUGCGGCAAGAACACCUGCAAGACGUGCGCCCAGAAGUCGCACUUCGGUAACUGCGACCCGGCCCACAUCAACGCCCUCGGACCCGACGACCCGGUCCUCAAGCUAGCGAAUGCCGAGGGCUGGAAGCAGUGCCCGAACUGCCGCAUCCUCGUGGAGAGAAACUCGGGCUGCACUCACAUGACCGCUUCUGUUACUUGUGCGGCCUCGCGCUGGGAAACGAUCCCUUCGAUCACGACCGCUACGAGUGCUCUCAAAAGUUUGGUCGACCUGUGA